AUGUCGCAACCUGUUGGCCCUACAGACUCGAGAAUUGUUAUGGCAGAGCAGAGCAGCCACGAUGUGGUAAAUCAAACCCUGUCGGGCGGCGAGCCUUCGCCUUCCGACGUUCCUGCGAGCACCAACGACAAGACUACUGCUGGAGGGGACGUGGGGGAGAUCAAAGAUACCGCUACCGCUACCGCAACACAAUCCGAACCGAAACCCAACGAACCGCAGAAGAUAGAUUCUUCCGAGCCGCCAUCACAAAGGAAUGAACCAGGGAAGGACGCUACACAUUCGUCGACUGUGAGUCUUGAACGAUUGGAACACAACAUAGGGCCUCUACUGAACCGGAUACAGGAUACUUCGAAGCAGGGACCUGGACCGGUGGAAACCAGGGCACUUGAAAUGAACGGGCUAGCGUCUGGCUCGGAGGCUGGGGAGGAUACUGCCUCUCUUGGUGGUUCAGAAUCGGAUGCCAGUCGCACGGAUAGUAGAGCGCAUUCGCGUUCCACAUCGACAAAGAGGCCCGCGUCGUUCAAGCCCGUCAGUUUCGCCAAGUUCUCUGUUCCCAAGGCGCCCGGCACAUCGCCGACCAUGAAACCUGCCGAAAAAGUCGCCAAGACAACGAGCAGCUUGCGCGACUCUUUGUCGAAGUCUGGACCUGGUGCUCGGCCGGGAGGUGGACCGGACCCGAGCCAAGUUUGGAAUAAGAAUCGACCGGUCCAACAAACGCCCCCAAAACACCUGACCGACGAAGAACUGAAGCAACAAUACGGCAUCCACAUGACAUCCCGAAUUCAAGAAGAUGGCGGUGGAACCGAAGCGAAGUGGGCUGAUAUCGACGACGAUGAGGACGACUGGGCCCCGGAGACAAUCGAAUGGACCGAUGGAACGAAGACCAAUCUUACUCAGAUGGAACCUCCGUCAAUAACGAGCCAAGAUGUUAAGCCCCCCGAGCCCAAGGAUGACGUCCUUCCACCGCGCGUUGAGCCAACUUCUGCUCCGAAGGAGCCCACGACAUUUGCUCCAAAGCCCACAACAUCGAUCGGACCGAACCCUACCGUUCUCCGCCUCGGCGCAAACGCAGAAAGACAAGCGAGAAGUGCAAGUAUGAUGUCCAAGGGAUCAAAUGAGCAGUCACCAUCGCUUUCCGCAAGUCCGGCCCCAGCGAAAUCACCGUGGGCUCCUCUACCGCCUGUGGAGAAAAUCUCACCUGUAAUGCCCCCUGUUCAGCUGCAACAACAGCCUGUGCGGAGUACUCCUAGAGAGCAGCCUCAUGCUCAUGAUGGUUAUGCAGGGCCUGCGCCCCCAAAAGAGAUUGCUGCGGAUGAUUUCAACAGGUCGUGGAGAGAGAUGCAGACUGGAACACGUGAGCUUUACAAUUCUAGAUCCGGCCGUUAUGAACCCGUUUCAGAGACAAGGAAAGGCUCCUGGCGCACAGAGCAGAGCUUCCGUGCUCCAUCUCUGCUGCAAAGGCCAGCUCAUGGCGAACAAGCGGGCCCUGCAGAGCCUUCCCCGGCAUUUCAGACUCACCGGUCGAGCGGGCAUGAUGGUGGACACUGGCCACGUCGCCGAACUUCGUCCAACGUCAGUGGAGGAAGCGGUAGUUUUGGGCGUCGAAUGUCUAUUGGCCGUGCUGACAUCCCGCAAAGAUCAUUUGAAACAAGACGCGGCUCUCAGGCGAAUGGAAUGCUAGAGCCACCAAUGCUUGGUAGGGACCAGGGACAGCCAAAAGAUACUCCAGUGCGGGAACCUUCACCGGGCCGACGUGGCUCGGGCGCUUCAUGGUCUCAUCGUGGUGCCGCCAACGUAUCUGAGAAAGCCCCCGCUGCUCCUGUUGAGCAACCUGGAACAGCGCAAGCGCCUCAAGAAGACCCUGUGGCAAUGCAGGAACGUAUCAUGAAAGAGAAACGGAUGGAGGCUCGCCAGCGGAGAUUGGAACAGGAGGAGAGAGAAGAAGCCGCGAAGCGUGAAAGGAUACGACAGAAGCUUGAAGCUCUCGGACCGCCACCGGAGAAGGCGAAGCCGAAACGCAAGGAACCCUUGGAUGCCAGCGCCCAUGAAGGCACCGCUUCCUCAAAUACGGCGCAUCCAUCCCAGUCGCCUCCUAAGCCGCCAGUGCCGGAGCCAAGUGGAGAGCCAAAGCAGUAUGGGAUGAUGAAGGUUCACCAUCCAGACACUGUGAAGAAACUUGUCGAGCGAGAAAGAGCUGCUGACAGAUCUACCACGUCCAUGGGUCAUCCUCGACGUGGUCAUUCGCCUGUUCGCGAGUCCAAGCCUGACACUACCCCCGUUGCAAAUGGGCUCUCCCAACACGGUGAACCCCAAGCAACCAACACUGAAAAUCUUACUGAGCCCAAGAUGGGUGAGAAGAGCCCUCAGCUGAGAGGACCUAACCUCAACGUUUCCGGCCCUUACCCUACUUGGUCUUCUAACUCCAAGCUUGGAGCUUCUCCCGCGAUCUCGAAUCCGUGGAAGCCCCUCAAUAUUGACAAAGCUUUGGGCAAUGGUAUCUUCGAACAAGGUCUUGGUGGCUUUCAGACUCGGGAUAUCUCUCUUCGCAACCUUGGGCUGGAUCAACCGUCUGUAGCUCCAGGCCCUCAACCGUUUUCGGCGCCCCCACUAUCUCCGCAGGAAAAUGCGUCGAUAUCUCCCUUGCCAUCCCCUGAGACCAGGCAUGCAGCUUAUGACGCCUUGAAUCCUAUCUCUCGCCCAGCCCCGAUUGGGCCACCCAGUUCUCAGCCUUCUCAUUGGCGUCAUGACAACCGUGUCGCUGGCCCCGCGGCCUGGCACAAUUUCCACGCUGUUGCUGCAAAGCGUGAAGCGGAAGAGAAUGAGAAGCUUCGUAAUGAUAUGAAUGCGCUCCGCGAGGGACCCGCCUCUCUACAGGUCAACUUCAACGAAACUUGGCGACAGGUACGAACUGGUGAGCAGGUUGGCCAACGGCAAAUUGUUGGAACCUCCCGAUCUACGGAUAGCAGUGGCCCGAUGGCAAACCCCCUCCCUGGCUUUGAUCACCCUGUGGGUUCCCUUCCUUUUGAGAACUCUACACGUCCGCUCGGAAGCGUGCCUGUUCGCAGCUCGCGAUUCUUCCCUCAGGCGACAGAGCUUCCGAGGAAGCCAGCAGUCGAGGAAGGAGAGAUUCCACGCAGCCCUUCCCCGCCUCCACCCGAAGAAAUGUCCAGCCAUCCAGUGUAUACUGGCAGUUCAAACCGGCCGCUGGUCCACCUUCCGGCGCCGAAACCUGUUGUCAAGCUUCCCCCGAAAACCAUUGCUCCCCCUCAGCCUCCCCCCACAUUUGCUUCCAUGGCUGCUGCUCCUCCACGUGUUGCACCGGUAUCCACAGCGACUUCCUGGCAGGAGAAGAUCAAUACUCUAUUUGGAAAAAAGACUGUGCCACCACAGAAAAAGAAUGCUUUGGCGGUCUUAUCAGCGUCCAAGGAGCCGCUUGACGUUCAGUUGCACAUUGCUGCCGUAUCCGUGUCGUUUCCACAAUAUGACGAACUCCCCAUUGGAGAUGGUGAAGUGUCAGCGAAGCAAGUCGAGGAUGCCGAAGAAAUCUUUGAGGACCGUGAAGCAGGAUCUCUUCCCGUUGUCCAAGUGCCUAUCAGCGCACCGCCUGCAGCCUGGACAGCAGCUCGACCGCCUUCUCAGGCCCGACGAGCUAAGAGUCUGAAACCGAUGCAGGUUCAUAGUGUUGAGCCAUACACUGUAGGAUUGUCUGAUAAGGAUAAUUCGGGCAACCUUCGCGUAUCGGUCCGCUUCCCCGGCGCAAUCAUUGCGAAAACGCUCAUGCUUCCGAAGAAAACCGGGAGCCACCCUCGACAGCGCGGGUCUUCUAGCUACAACAACAAGCCUCGGAAGAACGCUAAGUCUCGCGAUGGACCUGGAGGUCCGAAUUCGAAGAAGCCGGCUUCUUCCCCACAAGUGAAUGGCAACAGUUCUCCCCGUCAGCAGUCACGAAACGGCUCCUGGGGUUCUCGCACAUUCAGUGGAUCUCGUUAA